CUAUCGUGAACAAUUCUUGUUGAAUUCGUCACGAUGGGCUAACUGACAUGCUUCAUCCUCACCUAUCAUCCUUCACUGGUGCCCCGCCGGUGUAUACCGAUAGCGCGGGCGGGGUUACCAUUCCAUUAUCACCCAUUAAAAAAAAUGGAAUGGUAUCUAUAUACGUUGGCGAGGUACCAGUGAGGAAUGAUAGGUGAGAAUUAAAAGGCAGGUCAGUUAGCCCAUCCUGAUGAUCAAUUCUGGAAUUCAGCACGAUAGUUUCCAAGGAGGACCAGGUCGAGGUCGACAGGGUAUAAUGCUAGCAUUGGGACUGCUAGACCGCAUUACUAACAAUCCCUUUCCUCCCGCCAAAUGAACUCGGGCAGCUGUCGGGUUUUUGCAAUGAUAGGCAUGGCCACUGCGUGGUGAUGAUACUCAGAAAAGUGGCAGUCGUUACCCCAUCCCCAACUCCCCUGGUGGGUGCAGGAUUAGGAGGAGGACUUAAUGCUAACGUAGCAGUUAAGCCGUGGUGGUCCGGAUGGUGCCGACACGAUGGAAAUGCAAGAGUGGGUUUCAAAUCCAGCCAGAAGUCUAGCAACGGCGGUUUCCUUAAUGACGACUACAAAUACCAAAAGGGCGACAACAUCCUUCAACCUUUCGGUUACUUGGCUAGGGGAGUGACCAAUAAUGCCGGCGAUGCAAGCUCCAUUUUGUCUGGCAUCUCUAGUCUGAAAUACCCCGGUAGCUUCGAUGACUCCAUCGACGUCAUGCUCAGGAUGGCUCUUGCGGCAAGGGGCAUCAUUAAUGUUCAAAUUCCUGGCCUUGGAUCAAUAUUUGGCAACAGCGCCAUGGCUAUUGCAAGGAUUGUCAACUGUAUCGUCGAUAAGAGAACAGAUCUGACUCCAGCUGUUUGCAAUAACAAUUACGGAUCAAAAUGGGGCUGGCCCAAAUACACCGGCGGCUACAACAACGCCGAAGACGUGCUCAAGUUCUACGACCUUUUGAAAGUCCGCCCUCAAAUUGACGAUCUCGUCGGAAAGUAUACGAAUGGAAGAGGUGUCGGCUCUCUUACAGGCACCAACAAAAUUAUUGUGGAGUUAGUUAACGAAUUGGCCCGACUAUUCGAAAAUAACGACAACAAAUGGAGCCGCGACGACUUGGUCACAGCAUACGACAAGGUUUCUAGCAUGAUGGGUCUGCUUGGUAACAGUUAUAAUGAUGGACUUGGCGAUGAUCUUGUGGAUUCCAUGAUCGAUUAUUGUAAAGACGGUUUCAAGUCCCGAGGAUACUCUGAUUUGGAUUCUUUGGGAUCGAAUAUAAGGAAGAGAAUAUCCGGAUGCGGACGCUCCGACUUCAAUGGCGCUCUGAGAUUGGCAUCUGACGCCAACAAUAAUAUCAGUUCCAUCGGCGACUCUCGCAAUAAUUUAGGCAUUGACGACGUUAAUUAUGGAGUUGACAGCGGUUUAGAUAGAACGAGCAGUGCCAGUAGUAAUGCAGCAAGAGUCGGCGAUAGUUCCGACUAUAAUAGCAGUUCCAAGAGAAGUUCCAGCCACAGUAGCAGUUCCAAGAAAAGUUCCGAGUCUAGUUCCAGCUCAAGUAGCAGUUCCGACGAUAGUGCCAGCUCUGAUAACAGUUUCGACGCCAGCAGCGCUAGAAAUGCAGGGUUUAAUAACGAAUUCGGAGGAAUCGGCGUCUCUCGCAAUAAUUUAGGUAUUGACGACGUUAAUGAUGGAAUUGACAGCGGUUUAGAUAGAACGAGCAGUGUCAGUAGUAACGCAGCAAGAGUCGGCGAUAGUUCCGACUAUGGUAGCAGUUCCAAGAGAAGUUCCAGCCACAGUAGCAGUUCCAAGAAAAGUUCCGAGUCUAGUUCCAGCUCAAGUAGCAGUUCCGACGAUAGUGCCAGCUCUGAUAACAGUUUUGACGCCAGCAGCGCUAGAAAUGCAGAGCUUAAUAAUGAAAUCGGAAGUUCCAACAACGGUUUGAAUGUAGAAGAGUGUUAAUGAUGCCGACUUACUGAUUACAGCUCAUCAUGUAACUAAUAUUGAAAUGUCUUUCAUGCAAUGAUUAUUGUGAUUUAAUUAAUUUAAUGAAAUUAAUAAUUUUAUAUCAAAAUUCUUGUGAUUAAUGAUUAAUUGUUUCGGCUUCUUUUUCAAAAUUCCUUUAAUAAAUGUUGAUUGUACUUAAU